UAUUAAUAUUAGGUUCGUAAUUAGAAUGUCUUGUGUAUUGUUACAAAGUUUUGAGUAAAAACUUACUUCUGUUUUACAAAAAAGAAAUCAUGAAGUUUUUAAAAAUAAACAAUUUAUUGUUGAUUAUUAUCAAUAUACAUAUUUAUAAUUACUGUGAUGGUGCACCAAUACAAACGGCUAAUUAUAUUGAUUUAACAUGGGGAUUUGAUAACAAUACAUUAUAUUGGCCCAAUCAAGUGCCGUUUAGUUUCAUAAAAAAGACGGAAGGCUAUAAAAUAUAUAAGAAUGAAACAUAUUGGUAUACAGCAUAUAAUUUUUGUGCUGGGGAACAUGGCGGAACACAUUUUGAUUCACCGUAUCAUUUUAAUCGAGAGGGUUGGAAAACUGGUGAAGUACCAAUAUCUAGAUUAAUUGGUCCAGGAGCAACUGUUGAUGUGUCGAAUGAAGUUGGAAAUAAUCGUGAUUUUACAUUAGAAUCUGAGCAUUUGAUAAAAUGGGAAAAAGAAAACGGUCCAAUUGAAAGUGGUACCAUUCUUUUAUUACGUUUUGGUUGGUCAUCGCGUUAUCAUUCACGAGAGGAUUAUUUUGGUUUAAGUCCUCCCGAUGAAAAAUUACAUUUCCCCGGAAUUGGACAAAGUGCUGCUGAAUGGAUUGCUAAUAAUAAAAAUAUUGUGGGCGUUGGACUAGAUACACCAUCAAUUGAUACUGGACAUGAAAUCAUCUCACAUCGUACACUUUAUGCUAAAAAUAUUUAUGCUAUAGAAAAUGUUAAAAUACUUGAAUCAUUACCGGCUCGCAAUUUUACAUUAAUCGUUCUACCAAUGAAAAUAAGUGAAGGUACAGGAGGACCAUGCCGUAUUGUAGCUGCAUUAAAUGGCAAUUGAUUAUUUAAGUCAUUGAUCGAAUAUAAUUCAAAUGUAUGUUUGAAUAAAUAAAUGAACAAGAAAUAUGAA